CCGCCCGCCCGGCAACGGCGGAGCGCUUUGAGCGGCGCACCCGGAAGUGGCGGAGCGCUUUGAGCGCCGCACCCGGAAGUGGCGGGAGGUUCGGGUCGAGCAUCUUCGUGAUGGCGGCGGCUCCGCUGCGCGUGCUGGCGUGUGGCGACGUGGAGGGGCGGCUGGAGGCGAUCUUCGGGCGGGUCCGCGCCAUCCAGGCCAAGAGCGGCCGCUUCGACAUGCUUUUGUGUGUCGGGAAUUUCUUUGGCUCGACUUGCGAGGCAGAGUGGGCCGAGUACCGCACGGGGGCCAAGAAAGCUCCAAUCCCAACAUUCGUGCUCGGUGCCAACAGCCCGGACACGCUGAGCUACUUCCCUGAUGUCAGUGGCUGUGAGCUGGCUGAGAACAUCACGUACCUGGGCCGCAGGGGGGUGUACAGUGGCUGCUCGGGGCUGCAGGUCGCCUACCUGAGCGGCACCGAGGCGCCGCAGCAGCCGGCGCCCGCCCACUGCUUCAGCGCCAAGGACGUGGCCGAGCUGAAAGCCUCCCUGCUCUCAGCCCCACACUUCAGGGGAGUGGACAUCUUGCUGACCUCGCCCUGGCCCAGAGACGUGGGCACUUUUGCCAACAGCGCGGGAGAAAUAGAUACCAAGAAGUGUGGCUCCAAGUUGGUAUCAGAUCUAGCUGCAAGUCUCAAACCAAGGUACCAUUUUGCUGCCCUGGAGAAGGCCUAUUAUGAAAGACUUCCUUACAGGAAUCACAUGGUGCUACAGGAGACCCCACAGCACGUCACCAGGUUUAUUGCCCUUGCUGAUGUUGGCAACACAAGCAAGAAAAAGUACCUCUAUGCCUUCAGCAUCGUGCCCAUGAGCUCCAUGGACCCUGCAGAGCUGGUGAAGCAGCCUCAGGACGUCACCGAAAAUCCCUACCGAAAGCUGAGGAAGGAGGCUCCCAAGAGCAAAGCCCCUCUCUCUGCAGAGGAAGAACCAGCCUGUCAAUUUUUCUUUGACUUGAACAAGCAUCAGGGAAAGAAACGUCCCUCAGAUGGGAAAGAGAGAGGGGACUCCCAACCUAAGCAAGCCAAGAAACCCCCUCAGCCCACAGGGCCCUGCUGGUUCUGCCUGGCCAGCCCGGAGGUGGAGAAGCACUUGGUUGUCAGUAUUGGCACACAUUGCUACCUUGCCCUGGCCAAAGGGGGUUUGUCCCCUGACCACGUCCUGAUUUUGCCAAUUGGGCACUAUCAGUCAGUGGUGGACUUGUCUUCAGAGGUGCUGGAAGAAGUCACCAAGUACAAGGCUGCCCUAAAGGAAUUCUUCAGGAGCAAGGGGAAGAGAUAUGUCCUGUUUGAAAGAAACUAUAGGAGUCAGCAUCUGCAGCUACAGGUCAUUCCUGUCCCUCUGGACCUCUGCACUUCUGAAGACAUCAAGGAGGCCUUCAUUACACAAGCACAGGAGCAGCAGAUUGAGCUGCUGGAAAUCCCAGAGCACUCGGAUAUCGCGCAAGUGGCUCAGCCGGGCACGCCGUACUUCUACGUGGAGCUGGACACGGGGGAGAAGCUGUUCCACCGCAUCCGCGGCCGCUUCCCGCUGCAGUUCGGCAGGGAGGUGCUGGCCAGCGAGGCGCUGCUGGCGCAGCCGCAGCGCGCGGACUGGCGGCAGUGCGCCGCCCCGCGGCCCGAGGAGGCGGCGCAGGCGCGCUCGUUCCGCGGCGCCUUCGAGCCCUUCGACUUCUCCCUCCGCGCCUGA